CCAGAGUGAGUGUAUUUCAGGACCAGUCAGAAGUCUUUUUAUUUACUCUUAGUUUAGUCAUAGAAGUACUUUUAUUGAAAAGUCUGAAAACGGAUGGCACCAAAUUGGAUGCGCAAAUGACAAAUUGUGUCUUGCUCCAAUAUAUAUGAUAGUCACAUUUGGAAUAUAUUAGAAAAACUAUGCUUUUCUUUGAGGGCACUGUCGCAGGGGUAUGCAUGGUGUCCAAGGCAUUUUCCAAAAUUUGAUUUUUUUUCUUAAUUUUGUUGGCCCAAUUUUACAAGUUUCUUUCCAUUGAGUGGAUUGUGUGCAUUUCGUUGCGGGAAAGUAAUAAAGGGGUUAAGGAAGGUAAAGUGGAAAGUGUAUCAGUAUGGAAGAAAAUGAUCAUAGCAACAGAGAUGCAGAGCGCCAAGGGUCGGCGGAUGAGUCAAACAGAGCUAUCCUACCCCUUUUACAAGCGCCUGGCAACCUACAGAUCCCGCAUCGAGUCACCAAUUUCUUCAUAGAUAACAUCUUACGACCGGACUUCGGGCGAAAGAAAGAGGGAAACUCUAACCGUGAAGAUAAUAGCCUCGCUACUAGAGAGAACCACAGCCCCGCCGCUCCGCGAACGGAGCAAGUAGGGAGUACUGUACCAGCGGAGGGGACUUCUACCCCUCAUGCAGUCGGCGGGGCAAAGAAGGCUGCAAUAGAGACAGAAGAGUCUCUGAAACCCCGCAGAGAGAAUGGAGAUCAGUGCCUAAGCUCAGACUCGGAUAGUUCUCAAGCCAGCUCAAAUCCACCAACCAAUCAGCCAAUGCUCUGGCCAGCUUGGGUUUACUGCACCAGAUACUCUGACAGGCCAUCGUCAGGUAGGCUACGACCGAGAUCUCGAAAACCAAAGAAGAAAACUGCCAGCAAAGAGGACAAGCGACCAAGGACGGCCUUUACAGCUGAACAGCUACAGAGACUAAAAACCGAGUUUCAAACAAACCGGUAUCUCACCGAGCAGAGGCGGCAGAGCCUGGCGCAAGAACUCGGCCUUAAUGAAUCUCAAAUCAAAAUCUGGUUCCAGAACAAAAGGGCCAAAAUCAAGAAAGCCAGUGGCACAAAAAACAGUCUGGCCUUGCACCUGAUGGCACAAGGACUGUACAAUCACGCUACCACUUCAAAAGACGACAAAUCAGACAGCGAUUGAUUUCGAGAUGGGAUAAAUCAGUUUAUUAAGCCUACAAUGCAAUAAUUUCAUCGAAUCAAGGGCCAGUGUAUAGAGUAUACCAGCAUACAUUGAUAAAAUAUAUAUAGAUAUCUCUGCAAUAUCAUAUAAAAAGAUGUUGUAUAAAAGUACGUUUUCAAUAUACUGUAGACGUUGUCUUCUCCCAGGAAGUACAAAUGCUUACACUUCAUUUUAUACUGCUAUUCAUUUUCAUUUCUACAUAACGCUUUUAACUGGCAUUUGACGUUUAGAUCUGUCAGUAAGGUAAAAAAGAAAAAACGAAGAAAAAACUACUUGCUUAAGUCCAAAGAAUAUUUUCUGCUGCAUCCAGGCAACUGUGAAUCCUAAUAAAUGCUGACAAGAUUUUAUUUCCAUAGUCGUUGGUUUUAUUGGAGUUGUGUUUGGUGUAAAAUGGACAUAGCAAGGGUUUUGAGAGUCAGGUGUGAGCAGGCUUAAUUAGACAGAACAUGGAUUUUGAUACUAUAUUUUGGAAAUUUCCCACACAGAAAGUUUGUAAUAACAUUUGAUUGAGAGGAGUAGCGCAAUUUUGGUUAACAUGCGACUCAGCCUGCUUAAAAUGCUAAUAUGUAGGCCAUACACGUGAUUGUGCCUCAUAGUUACAUCUAAACCAAGUUGAUUUCCAUUCAAAACUUUCGUAUACUGUGUAAUACCAAUGUAUCGAUGCCUCUAUAGGCCUACAUAGUUUUUUUGAAAAGCAAUAUGAUCAUCUUUUGUAGCAAAGUGUUUUGAACGAUGUAAUGCUGUAACGUGAGGGAGACAACUUUGUAGCAUAAUGACAAUGAAGGCAAAACGUUUAGCGCACUCUUGGUGGACUAUACUUUGUGUCAGAGUAGACAUGGGGCGUUCUUCAGAUUUCUUUCUCUAUAUACAUUUUAUUACAUAUUCAUAUAUCAGAAAAGAAGGCAAACUUCAGUGACUGUAUAACAAUUGUUGAAAAUCUCUUAUUGUUGUUGAAAGGACUUCAUGUGUAUUUAUAUAGAUUAUAUUGAGAAAAAAAUCUAUCCAAUGACCAGUGUUGCUUUAGACUAGAUUUCUGAGGUGUUUACACUGCUUGUUUAUCUUGCAAUAACUUCUUUUUGUGAAUGAAAAUAGUUUAUUGGGGCCUUUGCAUGAAAGCUGCAAUUUGUUGUACUUGGGCAAAUUACUGUGUUUAUAAACUUUGGUCUUUGUUGACGAAAGUAUGAUCGAGCUAGGUUUUAGACUGUAUCCAUACCAAAUUGUGGACUUUUGCCUUUCGAAUUGUUUUGUUGUGUAUCUGCAAAAAGUGUGUGUGAAUUAAAAUCCACCAAACCGAACACACUUUGCCUUAAAGUUCAAUUGCGAACUUUUUAUUAAACAGAACUGUGCCGAAUCAGAGAAGCAGUAUUACUUAAAAUGCAUACUAUUUGAUUCAAGUUUAUUGCCUUUAUGAAAACUGCUGGUACGACAUAAUGAAUUUAUUCAUCAGCGUAUAUCUAUCUAUAUGAACAUGUUUAAAGGAAAUUACAACAGAGUUGUAGAAUACAAUGCUAUUUUUAUUUUAUGUUUGAAUUAUUCUUUGGUAUAAAUGUAAAUAAUUUGUAUCAUGUAUGUAUUAAUUGCGUAAUUAACUGCCUCCUGGAAAACUGGAAAAGAA